AUGAGCCUGACGUUUAAAGAAUUUUGGAAUGAUCGUAGGACUCAGAAUUUACAGCAAGAGCUCCAGAAUGCCAAAGCGCAAAAUGAACUAAAAACUUUACAGGUUGAAACUGAAGAUUUAAGUUAUAUUCUCGACCGAAGCAGGGAAUUGAACUUGCACGCUAAUAUAAUUGGAAACAAAAGAAAAUCUAAGUUGGAAAAGAUACAGGAUGAACAACGCCAAACUAAAAGUGGAAGUGACAUAAGUGGUGAAGUUCAUUUUAAUUUGUCCAACAAUGCAUCAAAAAGAAGUCCGGAAGAGGAUGACGAUUCUAAAAAAAGACCCGCCAAAAAAAAUCGCAACGUUAUUGUUGACAUAAACAUUAUACCAACUACACCACCACCACGAACUGCAGAAAAUAUUGUCUCGAAUAAUGAUGACGAAAAUGACGAUAAUGACUCAGAAAGCGACACUGAAUCAAUUGAUAUAGAUCAGGUGGAAAUUCGCAACAAAUUAAUUGCUAUUUUAGAUUCACAACAAAAAAAGGACAACGAAUUGGGAAAGGACUGUCUAUCAUCAAUAUCUCCUAACCAUAUUAUUGAUUUCUCUAACGAUAUAGUACCAAAAAAAGUAAAUAAAUCAUUAAACGAAAACCAAGUCAAAUGGAUUAAUACAUUUCUCCAGCAAGAGAUCUGGGAUCAAACAUAUGAAAAUGAGUUUCGGCAAUAUAUAAAUCAAUUUACAAAAAAAACGAGUAAUAGAAGGAGCAUUCCGAUUCUGGUCCACAAGUCCUUUGUUUCAUCUCAAUUAUUUAAUUCCCAUACUUACGAAGCUCAUGAUAUCACUCAACGAAUCUUAACUCAUUUUUCUGAACGACUUGAAGCGCCAUUAAGACUUGAGGUUGAAGGUCUUGAUUACGAAAGGACAUAUGCAAUUGAUACAGUAAUAUAUAUAAUAAAUAGACUAUUCUGUAUGCAUCAGGAUGUAGUUGAUAUCAUAUGGAUCGAGUUAACUACCUCUAAUAUGAAAAAACACAAAAUUGAUGGACUUUUCAAGAUGAUCAAUUCAAUUCAAAAGGAUCAAACAAUAGUCUUAAUCGAGUUUUCAUAUGGUAGACGAGCAUCUUUAUCAAAAAUAGAAGGUGAUGAGGUUAAAUUAUACAGAAAUUCGAUGAAAGUCUUAAAUAAGCUAUUGAAAGAAACACCUAAGGAUGUAGCACAGAUUUAUUUAGUUCAAACUGCUAGUAGAUAUUUUAUCACAUAUAUUCAUUGA